CUUGAGCGUACAAGCGACUCUGUUGGUUACUGCAUGUCAAGACGAAAUCAAAACAAAACUUUCAACAAACAAACUAAUCCAAAAAAUGACUUCCGAAGAAAAAGCACAGGAAGCAGUGGAUGCUCUGUACCAUUAUAAGGACCACUACCUGGAGAUAAAUGGCAUAGAGAAAGGACAUCAAAAGAAUGAAGAUGUCAAAAAGAAGAUGCAGUCAACACUAGAAUAUCUAGAAAAUUUAAACGAUGAAAUAACCAACAGAGCAGUGUAUUUCAUGCUGAAGGGCAAGAUUCUCAAUGUAUUACCUUCCUAUGACCCAAAUGCUGAGGAAGCUCUGUCCAAGGCGGUCAAAUUGGAUCCCAAGCUAGUUGGAGCUUGGAACCAGCUUGGAGAGUGUUACUGGAAAAGUGGCAACAUCAACUCCUCCAUAAACAGCUUUUCUGGAGCCCUUAAUCAUUCGAAAAAUAAGGUGUCCCUACGUAAUUUGUCCAUGGUGCUGCGACAGAUGCCAGGUACACAGGCUCAGAGGUUAAAGAUGGUUGAGGAGAGUAUAGAAAAGGCUAAAGAGGCGGUACAACUUGACGUCAAUGAUGGAAUAUCUUGGAUGAUUAUGGCCAACGCCCACCUGUCCAUCUUUUUUGCUAGUGGGGUACAGAACCCAGAGUCUCUGACACAGUGUAUGAAAGCUUACAAACAAGCUGAGAAGGAUCCUGUAGCUAGAACCAAUCCUGAUCUUCACUACAACAGAGCUAUGGCGUUUAAGUACCAGGAGGAGUACCAGUUAGCACUGGAGGGUUUCAGCGCAGCAGCACAGAUGGAUCCAUCAUGGCCAGAACCCCGAACAAAACAAGGAGAGUUGAUGUCAUUCCUACGAAAAACACGAGAGCUUACAGAGACAAAGGGCAAAUUAAAAGGGAAAAAGCUAUCAGGAAUGAUUGAGAAGUUGAAGGAGGCAGAUUUAGGUCCAUACAGUGGAGGUAGUUAUACCAGUCCGAAGGGCAAGGUCAUCACACUCAAUAAGUGUCCAUUCAGUGAACUUGUCCCUGGCAAGGUCAACCAUCAGAAGGUGGUGCUUGGCAGGGUGGUGUGUUCUGUGUCAUGGGAAGACCCAGUACCUUUUACAUUUUGUAUGGUAGAUGAAGAGGGGACAUGUAUAGCUGUAAAUGUGUAUAACAUCGCCCAGGGAGCUGGUGUAAAGAUGUGGGAUUCUGUAGCCUUACCAGAGCCCUACCUUCAGGAGAUCAAAGUCAAUCACAAGGGCCUUACGUUAGAUUACACAAGUAUUAGAGUGGACACACCAGUGGUAUUAGUGGUCAAUGGCCGAAAGCUUGGAUUGGACAAACAGGCUCCAACAAUGCUGGUCAACAGAGUUUGUGAUGCUUAAUUGACCAUCAUGUGUUCCUAACAACGAAGAUUGCAUGUGUUAGACUGACCACUGCUGCCACCUCUGGUACAGAAUGUGUGUGUGAAGAUUAUAUGGAAUGAAUUUACACACAGGACAUUUAUACAACCAGGCAUGUUUCUAUAGGGAUUUACAACGGUCAACACCAAUCUCAAUGACAUGGAAUCUGCUAUGAAUCUAAAGAAAUAACAGAUUUUUUUAUAAAGAAUAAGAUCUGAUGAUUUUGUUGAAUGUGAUCUAAAUGAAAUUGACAAUGUUUAAAUCCUUUAAAAUAAAAGAUAUUUUACGUUUAGUUUAAAAAACGGAAACUGAUUUGAGGCAAUUCUGAUGCUUUUAUAAAGAAGAAUGUGUUCAAAUGUGGAAGUCUGAGAGACAUAGCAUAAACUAUAAUAAUUUAAUUCUUGUGUGUGUGGUAGUCAGGUGGAACAAAAUCCAUGUAAAAUGAUGUGAAAAUGACUAUGCUUGAAAAUGAAAUUCCUUCUUGAUAUCUAAUUAUCAUGGUAUACUCAUCUUCUACAUAAUAGUUUAUAAAAUGCGUAUUUCUCAAUUCAUUACCUGUACAUAUUUUUCUCGAGCAACUUGUUGAAUAGUCAUCAAAUGUUUCACAUCAUGUUCCAGGCAUCAGAUGUAUCCAUUAUAUAUGAUUGUCAAAUCAUUUCAUCAUGUGUCGCAUGCUUGUCUGGUGAUAUUAAUAUAUGGUUAGUGUAAUGUAAGGAGACAGAGAGAUUCCAGUAUACUGUAUUUGACCUGUAAUGGUUGAUGAAGUCAGUACAUGGGUAGUGUAAUGUAAGCAGACAGAGAGAUUCCAGUAUACUGUAUUUGUCCUGUAAUGGUUGAUGAAGUCAGUACAUGGGUAGGGUAAUGUAAGGAGACAGAGAGAUUCCAGUAUACUGUAUUCGACCUGUAAUGGUUGAUGAAGUCAGUACAUGGGAAGUGUAAUGUAAGGAGACAGAGAGAUUCCCGUAUACUGUAUUUGACCUGUAAUGGUUGAUGAAGUCAGUACAUGGUAGUGUGUAUUGUUAGGGGACAGUGAGAGGUUCAAGUAUACAUGUACUGCAUUUAACCUGUUAUUGUGUUGAAGAAAGAAAGUAUGAGAGAUUCCAGUUCACUGUAUUUUACCUGUAAUUGUGUUGUAGGGAGAAAGUGUUAGAAAUUCUGGUAUAGUAUAAUACUGUAUUUUACCUGUGGUAUAAGACUUCAUAAACAGAGGGUAUUAUACCUGGUAAGAACUGGGUUUAUUCUAAAGUUUCAUCGCAAAACCAACUCAAUUUGUUUAACAAAUGAAUAAGCUGAAUACCAACCAUGGGUUGAUAACUUGUACAAUCAAUAUGUAUUCAGUCUAUGUUUUUCAUUUUAUGAUUAAAGAGUGCUGUUAAAUAUUCUCACUUACAAUAAUGUCAAGUUUUAUGUGAAGUAAAUUAUUUAAGUAAUGU